UAUUACAAACACAAUACCUCAACCAGAUAAACUACAACAUCGACCUUCUAACACACCACUUAACAAACAUAGCUGAGGCAGUAGUUCUGUCAAAACUAAAUAUAAUUUCAAGAUUCCUCCUCAGCCCGGAAGAACUCGAAAACAUAGAAGUCAAAUUAAAACAAAAAAAUAUUGAAGUCAGAUCUAUCGAAAAUAUUUAUGAAAUGCUAGGCAUGCAAGCCUACUACAAUGAAACAAAUAUCAUUUUUAAUAUUCUUGUACCGAAUGUCUCUGAAGAAGACUAUUUUCUAUACCACAUAAUUCCUUUACCAAUAAACAUAACUAAGUUAAUAAUAACAGAACCAUAUAUACUGUUUAAUGAAAAUUCCACACACCAUCACAAAACACUUUGCCCAUCGAUCGAAGGAACAUAUUAUUGCGGUAUACCGAUCCGACAGGAAGAAACCAAAUACUCGUUAUGUAUUGGAAACUUAAUAAACAAUAAAGAAGCAAAUUGCCCAAUUAGUGACGUUGGAAAAAGGGAAUCGAUCACACAAGUGGAACAAAACCUAAUACUUUUUAUACACUCACCAGAGACACUAAUAAAUUCUACUUGCAGUAUCAAAACUCUCACAGUAAAAGACACAGCCCUUGUGCGUUUCCAGAACUGUGACGUCUCAAUAAAUGGUAUAACAUACCACGAUGAUACCGAUGCAUAUUGGGAUCAACUCCACAUACCCCCGUUACCAAACAGCAACAUUUCCGUAAACUCCACAAUCGAAAUACUUAGUCUUCAAAAACUCGAGGAUUUCAACUUUCUAACCAACAACAGAAUUAGCAACCUGGAAAUAACCACUACAACAGUUCACUCAGUCACAACAACAACAUCAUUAGUAUGCACAAUAGUAGUCAUUACCAUACUCAUCAUUGUCAUUAAACGAAAAAAUACGUACAAACACCACUUUCCACCUCCACAGCCUAUCACUCCGACCACAACAUCUUCAUUGUGGCCGUCGCUCUAUCUUAAGGGGGGAGGAGUUACGACACCCACCUUAUUGUCUCCACCAAAACCAGUUACGACACCCACCUUAUUAUCUCCACCAAAACCACCGAGAACGUUAACCUAUUGAUUUAGGUCAUAAUUAACGCUGAAUAACCAAUAAAUAUAUUUGUCUCAUAUAACCAAUAUCAUUGUUAACACCAACUAAUUAAUAAGAAAUUGUUUUGUAACUUUUAUUGUAUAAUUCCAAGAAAUCUAGCUUUUACUUUAAUCAUCAUUUAUUAUAUUGUAACUUAGUUUUCUUUAAGAUUUAAAAUGAAAAUAAAAAUUAUUCUUUGUUCAGACUUCAAAUUGCAAA